UGUGAGCUGCUGCUGUCUGCUCUGACUGUUUCUGCAGUGUCUCUGUCAGUCAGUCCAAACCUUCAGCAGUUCUUCAGUGGAUCUUCUUCAGUGUCUCUGAGCUGUGUUGAUGGAUGGACAGUGAGGAGGACCAGAGGAGGACUCACUGAGGACUGUGGAGCAGCUGCAGGCUUUGGGAAGGUUAACAGUUCCUCAUGUGUUCUGGAUCUCUCUGUCUCCUCUGAUGGAAGUUACUUCUGUGUGAAUCCAUCUGGACAGCAGAGCGAUGGAGUCUCCAUCACUGUGUCAGAUAAAGGUGUGAUCCUGGAGAUCCCUGCACUUCCUGUGAGGACAGGAAGUGAUGUCACUCUGCGCUGUAAACCCAGAGAUGGUUCUAGACCAAAAUCUUAUUUCUUCAGAGAUGGUGGUGAACUUGGAUCUGGACCUGAAGGAGAGUGGAUUCUGUCUAACAUUCAGAAGUCUGAUGAAGGUCUCUACAAGUGUUCUACUGAUACUGAUUCACCAUCUCCUCAGAGCAGACUGAGGGUCAGAGUCCUGCUCCUGGUCCUGGUCCUGGUCCUGGUUGGAGGUGUGGGUCUGUGGAAGAAACAGAGAGGAACCAGAACUUCACCUCCUCCUCUGGAUGUGACCUAUGCUGAUGUCAACAUCACACAGAAGGACAAAAGGAGAGCUAAGCUGAGUACGUGA